AUGCAAAAAGAUACUUCAGAAGUCAAUUCAUGUAGAAAAAAUGAAACAUUACAAACAGAGAUACCUUGUAGAACUACAGAUGCUUAUGAUGCUGAAUAUGAAUUAGACCAAACUAUUAACAAUGAAGAGAGUUUUGAUACUCUUUUAAAAUUUACAAUUGAUCUAAGUAAAUCUAAUGGUCAGAAAAUACAAGCUUAUUUCAAAUUUGGAAUCAAAUUUGAACAUAUUACUCUCACCUGGUUAAGUCAUAUUAAAAAUGAAGAGUUUAAAGACUUUUUAAUCAAACUCAAGGCCAGAUAUAGGCAAGAUAUUGAGCUUCUCACAGGAGCUCAAGAGUAA